AAGAGCAAGUGAUGUCAGCUAAGCGCUCCAGACCGUGAUCUUGCGCUGAUGAGGACGUCUGCGAGUAAAAUGUGACAGUGCAGUCACGCAGUUACCUUUGAAUACGUCUGCUGUGCGCUUUGGAGAAAAGGAGAGGACGGGGCGGCUGGUCGAUGCUCACACCAAGUUCGGUAGGAAUGGCGAGUUCUCUCCCUCUGGAAGCAGUGAUGUCCUGCCCGAGACUAGACGACAGGAGCGGGGCCACGGCUGCACCCAAGUCCCUGGCCUUUUCCAUCGACAGAAUCAUGUCCAAGACUUCGGAACCGAAAGCCGCCACGGAAGAACGCAGAGGACUUGAAGGAUCAGAAGGGAAGAAGUCGGUCGGCUUGUGCACCCCUAUUCCCUGCAUGAUUCCAAUACAGCCGUUCAGCUACGACCUACACGCCAAGGCUUUAAUGAACUAUUCUGAGUUUUGGAAAGUUAAUUUCAGGGGAGCACUAUGCACUUCAGCGGCGAUGUGCAAAUCCAGUUGUGGCGUCUGCAGCAAAACGGAUUCAGGCAUCAAGCACUCUGUAUUGCCGGGGACCCGGGUUAUCAAACCCCAGGUUAUACACCAAGCGCUGGCUAUGCCCACCAACGGAUCGUUGUGUUAUUUCAAUUACCUGGACUCUGCUUAUCAUCAGUCCGAGCUACUGAGCGGACAUUUAUUUUCCUCAGCAAUUGCAAACUCUCAAGCACAAAUAAGCGCACAUCAGAAGCUCCUCUUGCUGGAGAAUGCGAAACUUGCCUGCGUUUCACCCGAGAAAUUCCCCACACCUCAGUACCCACAUAAAGAGCAUCUGCCUGGACAGCUGGACCAGAUUGUGUGGGAGAAUCACAGUUUGACUGAGAAGAACGGAGUGAAAGCGCAUAGCAAAACGAAUAACUGUGCUAACGACGGGAAGCCCAAGAACUUCACGUGUGAAGUUUGUGGAAAGGUCUUUAAUGCGCACUACAACCUCACGCGUCACAUGCCGGUACACACAGGCGCAAGGCCUUUCGUAUGUAAAGUAUGUGGGAAAGGUUUCCGCCAGGCCAGCACAUUGUGUAGACACAAAAUAAUUCACACACAGGAAAAACCUCAUAAAUGUAACCAGUGUGGAAAAGCUUUCAACAGAAGCUCGACUUUAAACACACAUAUACGCAUUCAUGCGGGCUACAAACCAUUCGUCUGUGAAUUUUGUGGAAAGGGCUUUCAUCAAAAAGGUAAUUACAAAAAUCACAAACUGACGCACAGUGGAGAGAAACAAUACAAGUGCUCAAUCUGUAGCAAAGCCUUCCAUCAGAUCUAUAAUCUCACAUUCCACAUGCACACACACAACGACAAGAAGCCCUUCACCUGUGCAACCUGCGGGAAAGGCUUCUGUCGGAACUUUGAUUUGAAAAAACACAUACGGAAAUUGCACGAUAAUGCCAGUUUAUCUGCCGGAAACGAUUCUUCCAGAGGACACCAAAACUAAGACGUGAACAGCCUUUGACUGAACAUGGACUGAUGAACCUGAUGAGGAUUUUUGUGGCGCAUCAUCCACCGACAUGAACUAAAAUGAACGGGAUGGGAGAAAUCACAUCAUCGAGGAAUUGUACAUAAUAAACCAGAAUAAAAUAUUAUUUAAUGAAACCUCUCCCAUACAGGGCUGUCAAGCAAUUAUUUGCAGACAAGAUGAAAUGAAGGCAUUUCAUAAAUAAACACAACCUAUGUGUAAAUAAAAAUGUUUGAUAAAUUUGUACAUUUGUUGACGAUUGUUG